GCACCAGAGGAGGAAGGUCUGCGUCUGCUUUGUUGUGACAUGCAAAUGUUAAACUAGUGUUAUUUGUCGCAAGUUCCAGUUUUCAUAUGGACGAGUCGCAUUUCACCACAAGUUAAAACUAUGUGACCAACAUUAGUUUUGACAGCAGGACAUAUAGUCGAGUAACGGGGCCUACAAUUUCCCACAGAAAUGUCAAACCGUGAGCGAAACAAGAAGAUUUUACUGGAACUGGUGAAGCAGCCGGAGAACAGGGAGUGCGCGGACUGUGGCGCGCCCGAUCCAGACUGGGCAUCCUACAGGCUGGGUGUGUUUGUGUGUCUGCACUGCUCUGGCUUCCAUCGCAGCCUGUCCAGCCGGGUCAAAUCCAUAAAGCUGGACUUCUGGGAGGAUGACCUGGUGCAGUUCAUGAAAUCCAAUGGCAACGCCAGAGCCAGAGCUUUGUAUGAGAAAGCUGUUCCAGUGUAUUACUAUCGGCCCCAGAAAGAGGACUAUGACGUCCUGAGAGAACAGUGGAUUCGGGCUAAAUAUGAGAGGAUGGAAUUCACAGGAGAAACCAAGUAUCCACCACUUUCAUAUACCACAGGCUUCUAUGAAGGGAUGCUGUGGAAGAAAGGAAAAGAGAGCUUGCAGUUUUUGAAGAGGAAGUUUGUACUGUCAGAAAGAGAGUUUACCCUGAGUUAUUACAACAAGGAUGAUGAGUCCAAAGGCCCCAAGGCUGUAAUCUCCAUCAAGGACCUGAACGCCACCUUUCAACCAGAGAAGAUCGGCCACCCUCAUGGACUGCAGCUGACCUACCAACAGGACAAUCACACUAGGAACCUCUAUGUUUUUCACAAUAACGCUGAGGAAAUAGUCACAUGGUACAAUGCAAUUCGUGCUGCUCGUUAUGUAUACCUGAAGACAGCAUACCCGACUGGAAGUGAUGAAGAACUGAUACCAAAGAUAACAAGAAACUACCUCAAAGAGGGAUACAUGGAAAAGACGGGUCCAUUGCAAAAGGAGCCAUUCAGAAGGAGGUGGUUUAUUUUGGACUCUCAAAACAGGAAGCUGUUAUACUUCAAAGACCAGCUGGAUGCAGAGGAGUUAGGGGUCAUUUUCAUCGGCACAGAGCGCAACGGCUAUUCUGUGAGGGAGUGCGUCCCAAAGUAUGCUCGGGGAAACAAAUGGAAGUUCGGCAUUAUGGUGGAGACGCCGGAGCGGCAGUUUGUCUUCAUGUGUGAGCAGGAGAGGGAGCGGAAUGAGUGGCUGGGCACACUCAAACAAGUCCUGUCCAGGCCCAUGGCACCGCAGGAUUAUACCACUGAAGCCAAUAUCAGGCAUAAACGGUGAGAGGUGUGAUGGUGGUGAGAUGACUGCUGGUUUGAAAACACAAAGCAUUGAAGAACUACAGCACAACAGGUGAACCAACAACCCGUUGGCAAUGCACUAUAUCAGCACUGACUGUUCACCAGGUUGCUCCCAGUACUGACUCUCAUCUCUGUGCUGUGGUGCUUGUUCAAAGGGGAUUUGUUGGGUUUUCCCUCUAUAAUAAUAAUAGUACUUUGUAAAGUGUCAUGAGAUGACCUUUAUUGUGAUUUGGCACUAUACAAAGUAUUGAAUUGAACUGAAUUGUAAAGCAUCUUGAACCAUGACUGUCUGUGCUACAAUGUGGAGUUAAGACUCACUUCAACUCACACUGAAUCUGAAACUCAGGAUCAUUAUGUAAAUUCAACACAUAUGAACAAACAUACACCUCUGUUACUAAAUAAACACUGUUAGUAACAGGAGAUACUGUAGGUUUGCAAUCACUGUAUAUCAUCAUGCUAUUUUUUUUUACCU